AUGUUGUUGGCUAUCGGUGUCAUUGUAUGGUGUUGGGGAUUGUUGAGUCGCAGACCGAUGCUGCGCCGCCAGGACAAGCAGAAAGGCCGCUGUUGCGUCUUGUUCAGUGACCUGAAGGUUUUCCUACUCAGGCCACCGGCACCGUCGGCAUCGCCACCUGCCUUCACACCCAUGAACGAAAUAAACGCGGAGGGCAAUGCGACGAGCAGCGCCACGGAGAGGAACUCUUUAGCCAACGGACAUUACCAGCCGGUAGCAGGUGAGGCUGUGGACACACGAGGGAGCGAAGACUGGAGUCAUAGCGGGGUGGAUUCGCCGAGGACGCUGGACUGCUGCAGCUCAUCCGAGGAUUGCUCUAAGGAGAAGCUGGACGAGAGGUUAUCUCUGAACAGCUGCACGGACAGCGGAGUCAGGACUCCUUUGUGUCGGAUCUGUUUUCAGGGGCCAGAGCAGUGGCAGACCAUCUCUUUGACGGUGAUAGAGAAAGUACAGAUAGCUGCAGCUGUUCUGGGUUCCCUGUUCCUGAUAGCCAGUAUCUCCUGGCUGGUCUGGUCCUCUCUCAGUCCAUCGGCCAAGUGGCAACGGCAGGACCUGCUCUUCCAGAUCUGUUACGCCAUGUACGGCUUCAUGGACCUGGUGUGCAUCGCUCUGAUUGUCCACGAAGGUCCCUCCGUAUUUCGCAUCUUUAACCGCUGGCAGGCUGUCAAUCAGCAGUGGAAAGUCUUAAACUACGACAAGGUCAAAGACAACGAGGAGCAUCAGAAGACCUGUGCUGCAUUCCGGACCCUCUCUCUGCCGCUGACGCACCGGAUGUGGCCGACCGGCACGGAAGGUGAAGCCUCCACCUCCACAUCCUCCCUCAUGGCUGCAGCGGCGGGCACCGCAACCCCCACCACAAACUCCGUCCCGUUGGCAGCAGGUGCCACGACAGAGCCGCAGGACUCGUCUGAGCCCAGCAAUGAGCAACCCUCACUGCCAGACCACCACUGUGCUUACAACAUCCUUCAUCUCCUCAGCCACCACCUGAGGCCCCAGGAGCCACGCGGACAGACCAGCAACAGCAACCGCGAACUGGUCAUGAGAGUCACUACAGUGUGAGGCCUAGUUUACGGUUGAAUCUCUGCAUGUGACGUAUUUACAAGAAAGGAUUCACUGAGGAGAAUUGAACAGUGUUACCCGAAGAUCCAGUGCAGUCUAGGUUUGUUUUUCUAUUUUUUACAGUAUUGAAUAAAACGAGGAGGAAGCAGUUUCUCUCACAGUGGCUACAGGAAAGAUUAUGGCCAUUAGGUUUCAAAUGUGAGCAACUGAGAAAGGUCAAAGGUCAGUGGGGUGGGGUCUCUGAGUGUGUGCGCGCGUGUGUAAUGAGUUUAUCGUCAGCUUAAGGCCACAGUCAGAGCUGUGACCGUUCUGAAGCACAACCAUAACAAUGCAAUCCAGUUUCUACACCGACAGCCACUGCUGAACUCGAACAUCUCAGAGUGAAGAACAAACGUGUUUGUAUGGAAAACACGCAACAUCACACUAAUUUUACGAUUACUACAUUACUAAAAUCCUAUUAUUAAUGUUACUUGCGAGAAUAAGCAAGUCUAAAUCGGUUUCUUAACAAACCAAAUGUGGUAUUGAAGAAGCAAACUAUUGUGUUUACACUCACAGGCAGUACAUUUUUUAGCGAAAUCAAUCCUCUCUGGUUUUGACAGUCUUUUACAUCAAUAACAGGAAACCACGUUACAGUGGAGACAA